UAGUGGCACACAUGUGUUUGUGUUUUGGAAUUUCGCGUAGUUUUGCAUUGUAGGAAAAUGGACUCAGAAGAUAUAUUUCGACAGCUUACAGUCGGUGCUAGCUUUAAUUCUAAACUAAAUUUAAAAGAUAUACGGAUUCCAGGAGCUAUAACGCCAAGUAGGAACGAAAAUAUACAGCCUGGCAAGCCCAAAAGGAAAAAAGACGAAAACGAUACAGAAAAUGAUCAGCAAAAUGAGAAAUCUGACGAUACAAAAGUUAAUUUACGGAAACAAAUGCGUAUUUUUGUCCAAGGCACCGAUGUACCUGAUUUGGUGGAAAAUUUUAAUCAGUUAGAAGAAAAAUUCGGUGUGCAUUCAAUCUGCGUUAAAAACUUGACUGAAAGAUUCGGAUUUUCUGCGUUAAGUCCAAUUCAAAUGCAAGCUAUACCCGCUAUGUUAGACGGCAGAGAGAUUUUAGCUUGUGCUCCUACCGGAUCUGGUAAAACACUUGCAUUUUUGGUACCUGUUGUCUCUCAUUUGCUAAAUGUCAAAAAAACAAAAAAAGGUAAAAAUAUUAGAGCUCUCAUACUCAGUCCUACAAGAGAAUUAGCGGAACAAACUUUCAGCGAAUGCAAGAAACUUAUUCGCUCAGAAAAUGACGAAGAAAAUGAAAAAAUCCACAAAGACUUACUGAACAUCCGCCUUAUGGAUAAAAAUUUAGUGAAAUCCUUCACGGAAAAGAAAAAACAAACGUGUGAUAUAGAUCUUCUAAUAAGCACACCCAAUCGUAUUAUUCACCUUAUAAAACAAGAAACCCCUAUUUUGAAGCUGGACUCUAUUGAGUGGUUAGUAGUAGAUGAAUCGGAUAAACUCUUCGAGGAUGGAAAAGAAGAUGCCAGCUUCCGAGAUCAGCUCGGGAGGAUUUAUUCCGCAUGCGAGAAUCCGAAAAUUCGUCGCGCUAUGUUUAGUGCUACUUUUGCGCACGACGUUCAGCAAUGGUGUGUUCUAAAUAUGGAUAAUGUGCUACAGGUUACAGUCGGGGGGAAAAAUACUGCGACCAGUUCUGUAAAACAAGAGCUAAAGUAUGUGGGAAAUGAGCAAGGGAAACUUCUCGCUAUGCAAGAUAUUAUUAGAGGUGGUUUUGCACCUCCAGCGCUAGUUUUUGUGCAAUCAAAGGAAAGAGCAAAGGAGUUAUACGCUGAACUUGUAUAUGAUGGUAUUAAUAUUGAUGCAAUUCAUGGAGACAGGACUCCAGAGCAGCGAGAGAAAGCUAUACAGUCCCUACAUGCUGGGACAACAUGGGUAAUGAUAUGUACAGAGCAUAUGGGUCGGGGUAUGGAUUUUCAGAAUGUGAAUUUAGUCGUAAAUUACGAUUUUCCCAACAGUGCGGUCACUUAUAUUCACAGAAUUGGGCGCACUGGAAGAGCAGGCCGGACAGGGCGCGCAAUUACGCUAUUUACUGACCAGGACCGGGCUCUUUUAAGAUCGAUUGCAAAUUUAAUCAAAGAGGCUGGGUGUGAUGUGCCGGAGUACAUGCUCAAAAUGAAGAAGAUGUCAAAAGAAGAGCGGAAAAAGACAGCAAAGACACAAACGAAAAGAAAUACUAUCCGGACUGCUCCCCCUGAUAUUUUAAAAAGAGCAAAAAAGAGAAAAACGGAAAUCAAAAACAAAAAAAUUCAAAAAUUAAAAGAGUAAUAACAUUGAAAUAUUGUUAAUUAUAGAAAUGCAAGAACUGUUACUUGAAUAAUACCAGCAGAAUUUUAUGCUUUAAAAUUUAUAAUGUGUCUUUAAAUUGCUCGUUUCAGA